UGCGGAGAAAGCGAGAGAGAAAAGGCGAAGCAUCACUUUAACUUCAUUCAACUUUAUCCAACGAACACUGGAACUCCAGCCGGACGUAUUCUAAAACACACUCAGGAUUUACUAUCAUUUGAACGAACGAGGGGUUUUGCAAAGGUUUUUUGUGUUGGGGUCCCGUUUGACCAUGGAUUCAGUCGCACCUGGGAAAAAAAGGGUGAGUUCAGAGCGAAGGAAGGAGAAAUCCAGAGAUGCGGCGCGUUGUCGGAGAGGAAAAGAGUCAGAGGUGUUUUAUGAACUGGCCAGAGAACUGCCCCUCCCCCACAGUGUCACCUCUAACCUGGAUAAAGCAUCGGUCAUGAGACUCGCACUCAGUUACCUGCGCCUGCGUAAACUACUGAACACAGAUGUACUGGACGUGGAGUCUGAAUUAGACUCUCAGUGGAACAGUUCAUAUCUCAAAGCUCUGGACGGGUUUCUCAUGGUUCUUUCUGCUGAUGGCGACAUCGUCUACCUGUCAGAGAGUGUCAGCAAGUGUCUGGGCCUUCCUCAGAUCGACCUUACUGGAUACAGUGUGUUUGAGUAUACUCAUCCAUGUGACCAUGAGGAGCUCAGAGAAAUGCUGGCACACAGGACUGGUCUGUCUAAGAAAGCGAAGGAGCAGCACACAAACAGAAGUUUUCUGUUGAGGAUGAAAUGUACACUGACAAGCAGAGGGCGCACUGUCAAUGUCAAAUCUGCCUCCUGGAAGGUGCUGCGCUGUUCGGGCCAUAUCCACACAACAGAUGGCAUCAAGAAGGGUGUGUGUCAGGAAAAAAAUGUGUGUUCAGCGUACCUGGUGCUCAUCUGUGAGUCUAUUCCCCACCCAGCGAACAUUGAGGCUCCUCUGGAUUCUAGAACAUUUCUCAGCCGCCACACUUUAGAUAUGCGCUUCACCUAUUGCGAUGAGAGGAUCACAGAGCUGUUGGGUUUUGAUCCAGUGGAUCUGUUGCACCAUUCUGUGUAUGAAUACUAUCACGCGCUGGAUUCUGACCACAUGACCAAAGCACACCACAACUUGUUUGUGAAGGGACAAGUAUGUACUGGACAGUACCGGCUGCUGGCUAAAGCAGGAGGGUUUGCUUGGGCAGAGACUCAAGCCACUGUGAUCUAUAACAGUAAAAACUCCCAGCCACAGUGUGUGGUCUGUGUUAACUACAUCCUCAGUGGCAUUGAACAGCCCAAACAAAUCCUGUCCCUUCAACAAACCAACAGCACAAAAAUAAAACAGGAACAGGAAGAACACCAUGAGGAGUCACUCGGGACUGAAGUGACUGUGGCAGAGUUGAAAGAGGAGGCAAAGGCAAAGGAUGAGAAGAAUGAAGAGUGUGUGAGAGAGGAGCUACACGACAGCCUGAAGGGGAAGCCAGAGGCACUGACUGUAGUAGACCCUGUCCUCACACUGGAUAUCACCAGCACAGACUCUGCAAUCUCUGUGUUGACAGAAAUUCCUCUCUACAAUGAUGUUAUGUUGCCCUCUUCAAGUGCCCUGCUACCCCUCUCACCCCUCUCUCCUCCCUACUCCUCCCUAAAUGAUGAUGAUGCCUCCACAGCCCAUCUACAACCUGACGACUUCCCCUUCCCACAAUCUUUGGCUCCUGAUUCUUCCAGAUCCCAGGUUGAUCUCCUUGUGGAUUCAGAAUUAAGUGACCAGUUAAAACCAGAUCAUGUGGAAAGACUAUUUUCCAUGGAUAUCGAGGCCAAAACACCCUUUAAUACACAGGGAGUGGGUUUGGAUCUGGAGAUGUUAGCUCCAUACAUUCCCAUGGAUGAUGAUUUCCAGCUGCGGACUGUUUCUCCAGCCGAGUCGAUGUGUUCCAGCCCAGGUUCAGUGCUUGAACUGACCCCCUCCAGCAGCACACAAACUGCCCCUGCUCUCCCAGCAGCCCCUCUAGACUUAGUGUCCUGUGACACCAUUCCACAGAACAUUAGAACCACAAAGCAGGGCAACAGCAGAGAAAUUAUUCAAGACAGUGAUAUUUCUUCUAAAUGUCAGACAAACCCAAAGCUACUCAAGAGGAAACUGGAGACCAUACCUUUGUCUGAAGCAAUAAGGCUGGGUUCUGUGCUGCAGGUGGUGAAUGAUUUUCCAGAGAAAAGGAUCAGAAAAUCAGAUGCUUCAUCAUCAGAAGGGCUUCCUCAUGCCACGAUACUGUUGCUGCCAUCUGAUGUUGCGAGUAGGUUAUUGAGCAGAUCAGAGGGUGGAGCCAUAAUGAUGCCCCUCCCCCAGCUUACCCGUUACGACUGUGAGGUAAAUGCACCUGUGACUGGGCAGCAGCACCUGCUACAGGGGGAGGAGCUAUUGUGUGCCUUGGACUUAGUUAUUUAAAAAAAAAAGGCCAUACUUGUGUUUUCCCAUGAUUAGGGAGAUAUCAGUGGCAUUAUGGAUGAACUUCCAUCACAAAGAAACAGUGGUGAGCAAUCAAAACAGCUGGGAUGCUUCUGCUUCUAAUGAGUAGAUGGUAAAUACAAGCUGGACAUAAAAAAGCAAAAACUAAUAAAUAAUAAUCAAUGGGGGAAAAACAGAAUUCGUAGAGCAGUUAUCAGCUGUGCUCUUACAGGUUAGAAAUACGCACAGAGAAGAUAAUAUAUAUUCUAUUCUAUAUAAGAUUGUAUUGUGUGACAACUGCAAAGAUUAUUCUUGCACAAAUGACAUGAAUUUACCUGCAGCUUUCAGAUAAUGUUAUUUUAUUAGCGCUGCUGUUUUUAUAAUUACUUUCAAGGUAUGUCUAAGUGUUUUCUUUGUUCCGGUCUCUAUGUCCCACAUGAAAACAUGGAUAUAAAUGUGUAAAUGUUGUGAAAUGUCUAAAGUGGCUGUUAUUUUAAUCCGUUCGAUAUAUUAUACAGCAUUUGAGAGUAGUCAGCAUUGGUAGAGCGAUCCACAUUACUACCUAAAACUACCUUAAUGUUGAAAGUAUUACUCACUGUUAUUAUUAUUGUUAGAGAUUUAUACUUAGUUAAAUCUCUAAAUAUAUCUAGGGCAUUGAUAAGUUAAAAUGUUCUCUAGUGUUCCCUAUGAGUUUCCCGUGUUACAUUAACAGUGGCAUAUAGGAGGCAUAAGACAUUGUACAAUGCCUAGUGUGUGAGCUUU